CUCUCCAUCCAUGGCUCCUCUCCUCUCUCUUCUCCUCCUCCUUUCCUUCUCCCUCUCUAUCUCCGGCAACAAGUUCACCGUCGGCGAUGAGAAAGGCUGGAAUCCCGGCGUCAACUACACCACCUGGGUCAACAAACACAAACCCUUCUACCUCGGUGACUGGCUCGUGUUCUACUACCAGUCAGGGAUGGCAGACGUUGUUCAAGUAGAUGAAACAUCAUACGAGAAAUGCGACGCGUCAAACCCCAUUAGAAACUAUAGCAAAGGACGGAGCUAUGCUUUUGAGCUCAAUGAAACCAAGCACUACUACUUUAUUUGUAGCUAUGGUUACUGUUAUCAGGGAAUGAAGGUUGCCAUUAAUGUUCAGAAGCUUCCUCCUCCUUCUCCUCCUCCUUCCCACCCUUCUGCUGCUCCUUUCUCUCUUCUUUACUCUUCUUCUUUCUCUGCUGCUGUUGCUGGUCUCUUCUCCGCCGUCGCCGCCGCUGGAAUUCUUCUUCUCCGGUGAUUCUCUGAUGAGCUUUCUUUUUUUUUUGUUUUCCAGAUUUGCCCCUGGUCUUUGUGUGAAAUGAUGAUGGUUGUUGAUUUUUUUUUUUUUGGGUUAAUUUUUGUUUUGUUUUUAUAGUUGUUGAAUUUGAUUUGUACCGUUGAUUUGUUAUUUGAAUGGCUGUGAUUGAUUGACUGUGUCUGA